AUGGCAGACUUUAUAGUGGACCAUAACAGCCCGAAGAGGAGAAGGCAGACCAUGUUUUUCCUUCUUGUACUUCUGGGUCUUACUAGAGCACUUGGCAUGGCACCUCUUCUGCAAAAUGAAGACCCCGUACCUGGCCAGUACAUAGUCCAAUUGGAGCCUUUCGGGAACAUCUAUGACGUGACAGAUGAGAUGGAGAGUAACAUUCCAGAGAACCUUAUUGAUACAGUUCAUCAUGUCAAACUUCUUUCCAUGGACCAGACUUCCAAUAUGGCAGUUAUGGAGCUGGACUACAUAUCCUUGGCCAAGUUGCGGAAAUAUCCGUAUGUAAAGUACAUAGAGCAAGACGCUUACGUUCAAGUGCAUGAUGAAGAGCCGGUACUGGCGGAGAAUAUAACAGAGCGAGCGAAGGAAACUCGAACGUAUGAAAAAGCGAGAUGGGGUUUGGAUCGAAUCAAUCAGGAAUACCUGCCAAUGGAUGGCGACUGGGAGCUCAGUGGGAAUGGUUUUGGAGCCCAUGUUUACAUCAUAGACACGGGGGUGAAAGAUACACACCGAGACUUCGAGUGUCGUGUUGACAGAGUUGAAGACGUCACCGGAAGCGACGGUUCUGACUGUAAAGGUCGUGGAACCAAAGUCGCAGGGAUAGUCGGAGGCAAGACGUAUGGCGUAGCCAACAAGGUUACUAUGCACUCUAUUCGCGUGAUGAACUGCGCUGGAACAGGAACCGUUAGCGACAUAAUUUCUGGUAUCGAUUGGGUGAUUAAGAACCAUGUGCAGCCCUGCGUUGCCGUGCUGCCAUUCUUCACGCCACCUUCUCGGAAGUUAGAUGAGAGCGUGGAAGAACUGGCUGAUGCCGGGUGCCUACCCGUGACUGCCGCCGGGAACGACCCGCAGAAGACGGAACUCGAUGCGUGCGACUUCUCACCGGCAAGAUCGCCAUUUGCAAUUACAGUGUCAGCUACUGACGAAGACGACUACCGUGCUGAGUCUUCACGUUAUGGGACCUGCGUAGACAUCUUUGCUCCAGGUGUUUUUGUCAAGACAACUGAUCCUCAGGGAGGCAAUAAGUUCUGCUAUGCUUCAGGCUCAUCCUUUGCCUGUGGCUUCGUUGCGGGAGUUGCGGCCAUACAUCUGGCCAAUGGUGUCACGGCAAGCGAAGUACGUCAACGCAUCCUCAAUGAUGCCACAGUUUGUCCUAUCAAUGACUCGGGCAGGGGAACACCCAACCGCUUCUUAUACAUCUCCCCGCCUCAGUAA